ACCAAGGGCAAAUAAGGGGCUGCACCCUGAAUCGCUCAUUCUUAAAAAAAUAACCUCAUUUUUCUGAUGGCAUUUAAAUUUUUUAAACGUUUGAAGUUUCAAAACAUUUAAAAUUUAAAAAUCUGAAAAAUGGAAUUAAAUAGUGAUAUAAUAGGAUUACAAGGUGUGAUUUUAACAGUAAAAUCUAAAAUUGGUGAAUUAUCAAGUAUAAAUUACAGUGGAGGAAAUGAAGAAAAAUUGAAUGUGAUAGUUGAGGAAUUAAGAAAAUACUUUACUAACAAAGGAUAUUACAAAGAAUCUAAAAUUAAUGAGAAAUCAACCAAGGAACUGAAUAAUUUGAUAUUUUUUCUGGCCCUAAACACGAGCUUCAAAAACCACCCAAAUUUUGCUGAAAAUCCCCAUUUAAUAAAUAUAAUACCGCAAUUGUCAAAAUGUGUAUUAGCAAAUGUAUGUUUUGACUUAAAAUUAUUUCCACAAUAUUGUUAUUUAAUUGAAAAUAUGCCUUUGGAUCUCACACAAGAACUCUUAGAUCAAAUUAUUGAAUGCUUGAAGAAGACUAAACCAAGUGAAUAUCUUGAAAUAGCAUUCAGUUUGUUAAAGGCUGUUGUGAACAAAUUGAGCAACGAAGAAAUUUCAAACAAGACUGAGGAUACUAUAGAUGAUAUAAUAAUAGUAACCGGGUUAAUUUUAAAUAAUUUGACUGGAUUGUUCACUGAUCAAAUGGAAACAAUGAUUAAAAAACAAAUCUAUGUUCAUAUGGGGUUUACGUUAUUAAAGUUAUUAGAUCUUCUACUUUAUAUAGAUGAAAAUAUAGUUGCUUUAACGAAAAUUGUGAAUUCAGUCAUAUCAGUUACUUGUAUUAUUGUUAAAUCUGUGACAUUGGAUAUAUUUUGUGAAUGGGCUGAAGUAGAGUAUAUAGACCGCUCUUUGCAAGUUGUAGUGGCUGAAAAAGCUUAUCACACAAUUUCAAAGUAUCAGAAAUGUAAGUUAGCCUCAGAGUUAGUGAGUUUGUUAGGCAACAUUGCUAGAAAACCAAAAACUUUGAUGGAACAAAUUCAAGAAGCCGAUACAGAGACCAUAAUAAAGAGAAUAAAUGCAGAAGAUGAAAAUCAAAAAGCUUGGUUUAAGGCAUUACUAAAUACUUCGGUUUUUAAUAAUACUGAUGCUUUAGAGUGUUUAAACAAAUGGUGGAUGUUAUGUGAUGAAAGUGAUGUUGAUAGAUUAUUAAGUUUACCAAAAAAUACUCAAAAUAAAGGGCUUAUCCUAAAAUGUGCAGGAAAUCUUCAACUUGAUGGCUUAAAGCGCAUUUUAACCAUAUAUUUUCACAGACAAAAAUUUAUUUGGAAAGAGGACAUACAAAACGAAACAACGCUCCUGUUUAAUCAACAUCAAAAUGAUUUUAGUGAACAAGAUUUAAAGAAUAUUCUUCUCCUGAUAUUACAAAAUGCAGAAUUAUUUUUUAAGCAUUUCUACACUGCCGCUUUCAAUACAAAUUUAAGUGUUUAUAACAAAGUAUUUGAAAUCACAAAUGAGAUUAUAAAAAUAGAUCAUGUAGGUAUAAAUAUUAUAUGGAAAGUGUUGGAAGAGAAUGAACCAAAGUGUGAAAACAUUAAUAAAUAUAUAAAUUUUAUUGAGAAUUUGUUACAUACUCAGUGUUAUACUUGGGAUUAUAUAGUAUCUAAUAUAAUUUUAAGGUUGAUUAACAAACAUAAAGUGAGUACAGGCUCCUUGGAAGGACUUAGUUCAAGUUUGACAAUAUUUAAACAUUUUUCACAUUUAUCCUGCGAAUUUACAAGGGAAUUAGAAUUAUUUGAAUUUAUCUUAAUAUGUGCCUCAGAAUACCGCUGUAAAUCCUUUGUAGAUUUUAACAGUGCAAAUGAAGAAGUAACAAGACAUUGCAUUGAUUACAUUCUACAAAAAUGUCGAUAUUUUAAAGAAAAAAGUUUCCACAAAGACCAUGUUUCUAUAAUAGGGCACCACUUAGAUGAUCCCUGGUCAAACUAUUACAAAAGUUCAGCUUUUGCGAAUGAACAUUCAACAUUGUUGAAUUACAUCAUUCCAAAUUUUGAGUUGUCUUGUUACACAGAAGGCAAGGCUGACCAGAACUUCUCAAGCUUGAUAAAGGUUUUACCAAAAUGCGCAACACCAGAAUGGGAAAUAAUUUUAAAAGAAAUGAGUGAUAAGUGGGGAUUUUCUAUCACUUUAAAAGCUUUGACUGAUAUUUUAAUACUACUUUGCGAAGUCACAAAUCAGUCUAAAAGUGAAGAAAAACCACAACACUUAACUGUAGCCCUGAAAUUUUGCCUUCAAAUGUUCGGGAAAUUCCUACAAUCGCAAGCAAAGAACAAACAAGAGCAGAUAUUAGCCAUACAAAACUUGUGUAGACUUUUGAAACAUCUACCAGAAGUUUUGAAACAGACGGAAGGAAUAUACUUGAUAAAUAUUUUACCACAAGAGGCUUACAAAGAUUUGGCGCAAGACAAGGAUUUCAUUGCUAGAAUAGUUUUAAUAAACGAUAAACAAGUUUGUAAAGUGUUAGCUGAGAAAAUAUUGCAAAAAUAAUAAAAAAAUUUUGAA